AGCCACAACUGUUAACCGUUCUUUUCCCUCCAAUUCCACCACCACCGAAGAAACACGCCCCCACCCCUGCUCGCCACCGCCAAUGGCUUCCUCCGUGUCACCUGUCCAGCCCGGCAGGAUCCGGGUGAUGAAGCAAGCCUUGAAUUGUACGGCUAAGCCAAAGGGUCCUGUGGUGUAUUGGAUGUUUAGGGAUCAGCGGGUGAGAGAUAACUGGGCUUUGAUCCACGCAUUGCAUCAGGCUAAUCAGUGGGAAGUGCCUGUUGCCAUAGCGUUCAAUUUAUUCCAUCAGUUCAAGGGCGCAAAGGCUCGGCAGUUAGGGUUUAUGCUCAGAGGACUUAAGAAAUUGAAUUCUGAUCUUCGGUCUACUCUACAGAUUCCCUUUUUCUUGUUCCAGGGGGAAGCUGUAGACACCAUUCCAAAAUUUUUGGAAGACUGUGGGGCUUCCCUUUUGGUAACAGACUUCUCACCCCUCCGGGAGGUUCGCCAGUGGAAAGAGGAACUCUGCAAGAAAGUGAAUGAAUCGGUUUCUAUUCAUGAAGUUGAUGCACACAAUGUGGUGCCCCUUUGGGUAGCAUCGGACAAAUUGGAAUAUGGUGCCAGGACAAUAAGAAGCAAAAUAAACAAAGCACUUCCACAAUACUUGGUUGAUUUUCCUGAGCUCAAUUUUCCCAAACGAAAAUGGCCUUCCUUUAGCAACUCUAUAGAUUGGGAUACUCUCAUUGAAAGUGUUGUAAGACAAGGAGCAGAAGUUCCAGAACUUGAAUGGUGUGAAUCAGGUGAACAAGCAGCGUUGGAGGUACUAAUGGGGGCUAAAAAUGGAUUCUUGAAAGCAAGAUUGAAGAAUUAUCCUACAGACAGAAAUAAUCCAUUGAAGCCCAAAGCUCUCUCUGGCCUCUCUCCAUAUCUGCACUUUGGUCAGAUAUCAGCACAGAGAUGUGCUUUGGAGGCACACAAAGUUCAAAAACUACAUCCACAGGCAGUUGAUGUCUUCUUGGAGGAACUGAUUGUCCGCAGAGAACUUGCUGAUAACUUCUGCUUCUACCAGCCACAGUAUGAUUCAUUACUAGGUGCUUGGGAGUGGGCUCGUAAGACUUUGAUGGACCAUGCCUCUGAUAAACGUGAACAUAUAUACUCGAGAGAGCAGUUGGAGAAAGGACAAACUGCUGAUCCACUUUGGAAUGCUUCUCAACUAGAAAUGGUACACCAUGGAAAGAUGCAUGGUUUUAUGAGGAUGUACUGGGCAAAAAAGAUUCUUGAAUGGACUACUGGACCAGAGGAAGCACUUGCAAUCGCAAUAUACCUGAAUGAUAAGUAUCAGAUAGAUGGAAGGGAUCCAAAUGGUUAUGUUGGAUGCAUGUGGUCCAUAUGUGGAAUUCAUGAUCAGGGCUGGAAAGAGCGACCUGUUUUUGGAAAAAUACGGUACAUGAAUUAUGCAGGCUGCAAGAGAAAAUUCGACGUGGAUGGCUACAUUGCAUAUGUAAAGAAGAUGGUAGGGGAAUGCAAGAAGAGGAAAGCAGAAGUCUUGCUCAAUGACAAAGCAAAAUCACUGCAUACUUAGCCUUAUUUGCUCAGGUUUGUAUGCAGUUUCUUAAUAUCAUAUGUUAUAAUUUGUAGCUGUAAUUUUUGCCUCUAUGGACUGCUGCGACAAAAGAAGCCAGAGGACAGUUAGGAUCACAUGUUUAGGAGAGUGAAAUUAUGUGUUGCAGCUUGAAAGAAAGUGAAAAUUAGUUAUCUGUAGCUUUUCAACUGGAAACUGCUCGUGCUUUUUAACUGAAUUAAAUUUAAAUCUCAGUGGUUUCGUUUU